UCUAUUCCCGACCCGCCUCCUCUCUCCACCUCCCCCGCCCCCUCCCGGCGGUCGCACCGCACCGCGUGUGCCAUCCCGACCCGUUGCGUCCCAGCCGGUGCCUCCAACCCGCCCGCCUCGCGCAGCGCGUCCGCGGUGGUGGUGGUGGUGCCGACCCGUGCUUGUGGCUCAACCGCGUGUCUCAUUCACCGGAUCUCGCCGACCAGGUCGAGGAUUUCCGUUCCGUCUGGACGUGUCCUCCCCGUCUCCUCAUCCCAUCAUCAUCAUCAAUGGUCAACGUGGUGUGACGAGCGCAACACGGAUCCCAGCCCUCGUCUCAUCCUCUUCCUCACACAUCAACUCCUCACCGCCGGGAAGACCCCGCGUGGAUGAAUGGCGAUGUCCGUAGCUUCAGCUAUAAGCGGCCGCUAUCACCACCACCACCACCACGGCUGCCUCCCCAUGCUGCUGCUGCUGGUGGUGCUUCUGCUGCCUCCCGGCGUCCGGCUGCACCCCGGGGUGCUGCAAGCGGGGACGCGGGACGCCCCCAAGGGCGCCCUGCACCUCCGCGUGGUCGACCGAGCCGGCCCCGCAGACGGCCAGGACUACGAGGCGGAGGCGCCGGAGCAGCAGCAGCGCAGCGACCGCUGCCCCCCGCCGCCGCAGAGCCUCCCGGAGCGCGCCUGCGAGGUGGCGACCUGCCGCGCCAACUCCGAGUGCGGGCAGGCGAAGCGCUGCUGCUACAACGGCUGCAGCUACGCCUGCCUCGAGCCCGUGCCGCCACCCCCAGUGCUGGACUGGCUCGUGCAGCCGAAGCCGCGCUGGCUGGGAGGCAACGGCUGGCUGCUGGACGGGCCCGAGGAGGUGCUCCCAGCGGAGGCGUGCAGCACCACGGAGGAUGGCGACGUGCCGCUGCAGUGCCCCACGGGCUACGAGUGCCACAUCAUCCGCGCGGGCAACCCGGCCCUCGGACUGCCCAACCGCGGGCAGUGCGUGAAGCAGCGCGAGCACGCAGGUUCUCGCGAGGGUUGGUGAAUCUUCACGAAUCUGGACUUGCGGUGAGUCUAACACGUCGGCUUGGUGAAGAAGGGGGCCACCUGGGACCGGGUCCGAUUGUUCACUCGCCACCCACGUGAGCCCUGGCGGCGGAUCGAACUCGGGCCGGCGGGUCCGCAGCUCCGUGCGCUCACGCCGCUGGACUCCCUCGUGCACAGUCCCACGGGGCGCUGCUGUUUCUCCUGCUGCUUCUCCUGCUGCUCCUCCUCCUGCUGCUGCUGCUGGGGGAAGCCUUCGCGGACGCGUCGAGGUUCGUCAGAUCUCCGGUGGCGGAGCCUCUGACACGUUGUUGAGGCACGAGUUCAGGAGAGACCCCACGGACGCCUGCUGUUUAGCACGUGGGUGGAGUUGCCAUUAAUGUUUGAACGUGUUAACCUCAAUUAUGUCAUCACUUUACAUGCUAAUGUGUAUGUGAGUAAUUUAAAAUACGCAAUUAAAUUCCUUGCAUAA